UCUGUUUCUCUGAAAAUCAGAGUCGUUUUUGAAAACUACUCUAAGUGCCUUGAGUAAAAAAAUUGAUGUUUUUUUUUACUCUGAUUAUAUCAGAGUAACCAUUUGUACCCCUCUGAGGGUUAGUGUACAGGGGGUAUACCUAUAGAUUUCCCCUAUACGGCUUCAAGGAAAUGGUCGACAUCACCCUUGUCUCGCAGGAGGUCGACCGCACCGUCACGUACAUCAAGCAUCGCUACGUGGAGUAUGGCGAGACCUUCGGCGCGGGGCUGAGCAAGCGGCUCAGCAAGUUUCUGCAGAGCUAUGACGAGAAUGGAGGAAAGGUGGUGGUGCACGGCGCGGAUGACGACGGGCGCCCGGUUUCGCACAGUUUCAAGCUCGUGGAGAGCUCCCUGCCCGGUCACAAGUACGGUGGCACCAAGGCGGCCUGCAUCACGCUGUGCACCGCCUUUGCUGAAGACACCGUGCAGAACCUGAACCAGAGGAUGUGGGACCUGAAGCGGAUGGCCGGGUCGAAGCUGUACAAGGUGGACACAUGGCCGAAGAAGCAGGACGUGCGGGAACGAAGAGCGCGCACUUGGGUCAAGUCGAACCUGGAGCUGUUUGACAACAAGCUUCCUGGUAUCCUCCUGGAGUACGACAUGGACUACCCUGAGAUCGUGGAGAUCUGGAGACGCCAGAAGAACCGCAGACAGGCAAAAGUGGUGGCUUAUGAGAGGAGCAGCGAUGCUGCCAAGGGCAAGGAGCAUGAUGAGUCAGAGGAGGAUAGUGGCUCUUGUGAGAGUGCCUCAGAGGGAGACGAGGAUGAGCAUGGUGACUAAUCGUGCUUCAUUUCAUAUGGGUCUUCUGAGGCAUGUGAAGCAGGGGCUGGCGGUGUCGCUCGAUGGAGAGCUGGUGAUGUCUGGGCGAUGGAGCGGCGGACGCGUCUUGGAUGCGUGUGGAUGCCGCAAGGAGCUGGUCCUGCGCAAUGGUGACGUAGAGAUCUU